GCAGUCGGACUCCACCCCUCCGCGCCGGCCGCCUGUCCUGUACUAUGACUCGCGCUGGGUGUGGGGUUCUGGCGGCCGGGAGGCAGUCGUCGGCGCCGCGGCCGUUGCAGACGGCUACCUGCUUGCCGGCUGAGGAGAAAGAAGCAACUAAUAAAACAGUGCUACCAAGGAUUGUUCAAUAUGCAGUUUGCAUGAUGUCCAUGGUGACAUUGAAAAUGAAUUCCUUAUUUUCACCAGAUAUUCUUAUAUGAGAAGAUCCACCCCAAACACUCUAAAUAUUUUUUCUUCUGUUGGACCAGCAUGGCAGGAUUCAAGCGAGGGUAUGAUGGGAAGAUUGCUGGAUUGUAUGAUCUGGAUAAAACCUUGGGUCGAGGUCAUUUUGCAGUGGUUAAACUUGCCAGGCAUGUCUUCACAGGUGAAAAAGUGGCAGUAAAAGUUAUUGAUAAGACAAAAUUGGACACUCUAGCUACUGGUCAUCUUUUCCAAGAAGUGAGAUGCAUGAAGCUAGUGCAGCAUCCCAACAUUGUGCGCUUGUAUGAAGUCAUUGACACCCAGACCAAACUCUAUCUUAUUCUAGAACUUGGAGAUGGAGGAGAUAUGUUUGAUUACAUAAUGAAACAUGAGGAGGGACUUAAUGAAGACUUGGCCAAGAAGUACUUUGCUCAGAUAGUUCAUGCUAUAUCUUAUUGCCAUAAACUCCAUGUGGUUCACAGAGACUUAAAGCCAGAGAAUGUGGUCUUCUUUGAAAAACAAGGUCUUGUAAAGCUGACAGACUUUGGUUUCAGCAACAAAUUUCAACCAGGAAAGAAGCUGACUACAAGCUGUGGAUCUCUUGCAUAUUCUGCUCCAGAAAUUCUGCUUGGUGAUGAGUAUGACGCACCUGCAGUAGAUAUAUGGAGUCUGGGAGUGAUCCUCUUCAUGUUGGUCUGUGGGCAACCACCUUUUCAAGAGGCCAAUGACAGUGAAACAUUGACAAUGAUCAUGGAUUGCAAAUACACAGUCCCAUCCCAUGUGUCUAAAGAAUGUAAAGACCUGAUCACACGGAUGCUACAGAGAGAUCCCAAGAGGAGGGCCUCUUUAGAAGAGAUCGAAAAACAUCCUUGGCUUCAGGGAGUGGACCCUUCACCAGCCACAAAGUAUAAUAUCCCCCUCGUGUCAUACAAAAACCUCUCGGAAGAGGAGCACAACAGCAUCAUCCAGCGCAUGGUACUCGGGGACAUAGCCGAUCGGGACGCCAUCGUCGAAGCCCUGGAAACCAACAGGUAUAACCACAUCACAGCCACUUACUUCUUGCUUGCUGAAAGGAUCCUGAGGGAAAAGCAAGAGAAAGAAAUACAAACCAGAUCUGCAAGCCCUAGUAAUAUCAAGGCCCAGUUUAGGCAGUCAUGGCCGACCAAAAUUGAUGUACCCCAGGACCUUGAGGAUGAUCUUACAGCCACCCCUCUGUCCCAUGCAACUGUCCCUCAGUCUCCUGCUCGGGCCGCAGACAAUGUCCUCAAUGGCCACAGGAGCAAAGGCCUGUGUGACACAGCUAAGAAAGAUGACCUCUCCGAGCUGGCUGGCCCAGCGCUGUCCGCCGCGCCACCUGCAAGCUUGAAGCCCACGGCCAGUGGGAGGAAGUGUCUGUUCCGGGUGGAGGAGGACGAGGAGGAGGAGGAGGAGGACAGGAAGCCCGCCUCCCUCCCCGCUCAAGUGGUACUGCGCCGGAAGCCCUCUGUGACCAACCGGCUGACGUCAAGGAAGAGCGCGCCGGUCCUCAACCAGAUCUUUGAAGAGGGGGAAUCUGAUGACGAGUUCGACAUGGAUGAGAACCUGCCUCCCAAGCUGAGCCGGCUGAAGAUGAACAUCGCCUCCCCGGGCACGGUUCACAAGCGCUACCACAGGAGGAAAAGCCAGGGCCGGGGCUCCAGCUGCAGCAGCUCCGAGACUAGCGACGACGACUCUGAGAGCCGGCGGCGGCUGGACAAAGACGGUGGCUUCCCCUACCCCUGGCACCGCCGGGACGGCAGUGAGGGGCCCCCCGGCAGCGAGGGUGACGGUGGGGGCCAGGGCAAGCCGAGUGGCGGUGGCGGCCGUGCAGACGAGGCCAGCCCCGGCGAGAGUGGUGCCGGUGGUGGCAGCCCUCCCGGCGGCUCCGGGGGCGACCCCCCCGGCAGCUCGGGCACCACGCGCCGCUGCGCCGGCCCCGGGUCCUCCCCGCAGCUGGCCGCACGCAGUGCAGGCGAGCUCGUGGAGAGCCUCCGGCUCGUGGGCCUGUGUCUCGGCUCACAGCUCCACGGCCGCGCCACGUACAUUAUUGGCCCCCAGAAUGGCUUGUCAUUGUCCAGUGUGAAGGUCCAAGAGAAAUCUGCGUGGAAAAUGUGCGUCAGCUCCGUGGGCAGCGCGGGGCCGGCCCCUGCCAUGGGCAGCCUCAAGUUCUUCUCCGACCACGUGACAGAUGCCGCCUCCGACCUAGGCCGGGUGAAGAGCAGGAACCUGACCAACAACGUGCUGCAGCUGCCCCUGUGUGAGAAGACCAUCUCUGUGAACAUCCAGCGCAGCCCCAAGGACGGGCUGCUGUGCGCCUCCAGCCCGGCCAGCUGCUGCCACGUCAUCUGACUGCGCCCCCAGGGGCCUCUGCACUUCCUGCCCAGAGCGGCGCACACCGGCUCCCUUCACUGUUCCCCUCUCAGUUUUAACUUACAGUGGGCGCUAGGAGCAAUUAUUUAUUACAUUUUCAUUUGUUCGCCUGGUGAUGUGACAGUGCAUGGUCUUGUGCAUGCUGCUAGACACUGCUCUUCUCUUCCAGCCGAAAAGUCUAUGUAAAAUUUCUGCAUUUAUUUUUAAAGUGGAUGAUAAGGAUUAAAUUAAAAUAUAUUUGGAACCUAAUAUACAUGGAGCACUUAGAAAUUUGAUGUUCUGCACUUAACCUAGAGAGAGAAAAACAUGCUGUUUCCUUGUGAAAAAUCUAAAUUCCCGUCCUGACCUUCUGUGAUAUGGGGACUCCACGCUCUGAGGCACAUUCUGUGGUGUCUGAGACAGAACAAAAGCAAUAACGUCACGACGUAAGCAGGUCUGGAGCCUGCGAGCGUGUGCAUGCCCAGCCUUCCCGGGCCUGUGCAGAGCAGAGUACAGCGAGCAUCUGCACUGAGAGCCUCACCGCCGUUUCAGCGUACCCACACCUGUUUGUCUUAAGCUAUAGUGUGAUCUAUAGUGUGAAAAACAAUUCUGGGCUCUUAAAAUUUAACCGAAGAUUUUCUUGUUUUGUAAUAGAUGAGAUGAAGUACUUAAAUUUAUAAGGCAGCUUCCCCUGUAGUGGUUAAAUUCCAAGCAGACAAUCUUAUUUUGUAACUUGAUGAAGUGAACUGAUGAUAUGUUAACUCUACUUACAGAGUAUAUGCCUAUCUAACAGAACAAAAAGAUGCUCUAUGUAAAUUCCUUCCUAUAGGGCACACCCCAGGGUUUCCUUCAGAACCAUGUUGACACAUAAAACUAUAGGGCCGAUAUGGAAGCAAAGGUGCACAGAGAGGUUGGUGAAAUCAAAACCCCAUAAAUUAAAAAAAAAUUCCUGGGAUUUCAUUUUUAGGAGUUUGGUAAUUAGGUUGUCUCUUUUGUUAUUUCCAUUCUUCUACAUCCUUUAGCUGAGUUAGCUAUGAAAAUUGGCUAAUCAAAAAAUACACAUGAAAGGGUACAGCAAACAAAAGUGCACAAAGUCUGCUUUGUUAGUCUGCUUUGUUUUUUGUUUUUUGCUGGAGUGUUUUUUACUUUGUCUUCCUGCUAAAAUAAUAAUCAAAGAACUCUUGCUUUAAACUAUUCCUGUACAAAGACUGCUUUUGAUGAGGUAAUCAUCUUCUGCGGCAUUUUAUCUUAUAGGACACAGUACAUUGCAGAUUGCUGAUUUUGGAAGGGGCUAGAUGCUGCUUGCCUGGGGGUCUUAAAAGCUUAUCAACAUUGGUGAUUCAGUGUAGCCAGGCCCCCGGGGGCCUUCUCAUACUCCUCAGCCUCCUGUCGUGUCUCUGGAAUGGCAGCCACCGGGUCCUAGAGUGGGCAAAGCACCAAAGGACCUCAUUCCAUUGGUCACAGUUUCUCCAAGGACACACUGACUCUGCUACUUUAGGACUCAAAAUAUUUUACUCAGAACUCUGAAUUUCACAGUAUACCUACUAAACUAAGUAAAGAAAGUAAAAGACCUAGGCUAGAUAUGUUUAAGCUACCGCUCUAGUUCAUUGUGAUAUUUAUAAUUGAAAGCUAUGAGAAAAGAUGUGUGGGUGAAGCCAUAGAACAUAUUUGCUUGAAAUUCUUGAGCAGGGAUCUUAUAAAGGGCCAGAAAUAAAGAUGUGUGGUUCACACAAAUAGUGAGCGUAACAUCUGUAUUAAAUGUAGAGGAGAAGUUUAUAAAGGGCAUUGGCAAUAAACUCUUUGUUGCAGCUGUUUUCCAACUAAUGUAAAUACUUUUUCCUGUGAUUAUGUAUAGCCUUGGAAUGGCACCUUUUAACUAACCCGUAUGUGUUUGGUUUUCAAUGGUUUUUUAUAUUCAGAUGUAUAUAUGGUGCUCACUUUAGGAUCAGCAGUGUUGACCAUUAUGCUGCAUAGCUGUAUUAUAGCCUUAUUAGUUGUGUGUGGUUGGUUGACCCUCUGGGUAUACAGAUGUUAGUCUGAGUGGCGUCUUACUCAUUUGUUCACAAGUGAAUGAUUGUGCAUGUGUUGUAUGUCAUAGUAUGUCAUCACAUAAAAGGGAGGGAGCAAAUAACCAUUACAUUAAUAUUGGACCAAACUAUCUACUAGCUCUAAAACAGUUUCUUGUACCCCUUAACCUGUCUUCAGAAGUUGCAUAGAGGUGUAGUACUGUUAAAUAUUGUGGAAAAACAAUUAGUCUUGUAUUUGUAUGUAUGUGUAUGUACAUAUAUAUGUAUGUGUGUGUGUGUAUACACACACACACACAUACAUAUAUAAAAUUAAUGUACUUCUGGCAGUUCUAUCUAUAUUAAAAGAUGUGACAAUCUUGACACCGAUUCUAAGAAUAGCUGUGAGACUGAAUCAAAUUAAAGCUAUCCCUACCAAGUAAGAAUUGAUAUGUGUUAAGAGGGUACAGAAUUAUCAGCUGAUUUGGUCAGUUGCUUCCACUGCUGGUUGAUUUUUCUCAUUGUGUAAACAUUGACAAGUAUGUGACAAAUGGGGAAAAAAUCCAAAUAAAGUGGCAUAUUGGUGUUCAGCAAUAUAAACU